AUUGAAAUGUUCGCGAGCCUGUGCUCGGAAAUCGAACAGGAAAAGAAAAACUCGGCGAUUCCGAUCCAAAGCAGGAGAUGAUGGCGAGGGCUCCAAUGGUGGAGGAUGAUUACGAGACUGAAGAGAAAAAGCAAGCUGCUGCUGAUGUUCUCUAUCACUACUCGCAGUUUGUCAUGGUAUGCAUUGGGGGAGUUCGACCAACUGAGCUCAGGUUGCACCUAAUGAAGGAACUUUCAGGAAUGCCUUCAUCUUUGAAGAAAGAGCCCUUUCCUGCAUCUUCUUCUCCCGAUUCCAUAGGUGCAUCAUCCUCGGGGAUGGCGAAAGGCGAGAAAAACAAACUAAGCUCAUAGGCUUUUCGCAUUGAAUCAGAUACAUGUAGCACCAGUUAUUCGUGGUAAGAACUAUGAAAAAACACCAGAGACGACAAAGUUCUGUAUUCCAGCGAGCAUCAUUAUGUAAAUAACAGAAACCGAGUCAAAGUAAUGCACCAGGUUUGAUGCAAUAUCUGGUUCGGUGAGUCUUAGAUUCUUUGUUUCUUUUAAUCUUUUGAUAUUGUACUUCAAAUCGAUGUGUGACUGAUCUACUUGUCUUCGUUCGGUCAAUGUAAAACACUUAAAUGAGUGAUUGCUAUACCAUCAUACAGCCCACAAGUUUCACUUUUACAUGUAUAUUAUUUCCUUGCUACCCCUUAAAAGCCA